GUCAGCUCCGACGACCCCGGGUUCCGCGGCUCCUGGUUCGCCGGCACCGUCAUCCGCCGCGAGGCGAAGAACCCUAAUCGCUACGUAGUCGAGUACGACCAGCUCUACGAGGACGAAUCUGGGGAGAAGCUGCUGCAAGAAACCCUCGAUUGGAUCCAAUUGCGUCCGCCGCCGCCGCCUCCCGAGAAGAAGAAGAAGAAGAAGGUCCAGUUCAAGUUUGGCGACGAAGUGGAGGCCUUCCACAGCGACAGCUGGUGGGAAGGGGCUAUUACUGCGGAGCACUCCGGCGGGAAAUUCGUGGUGUUCCUCAGAGGCUCAAAGGAGCAGAUUGUGUUUGAAGAGAAAGAUUUGAGGUUGCCUGUUCAGUGGGUUAAAGGGAAGUGGGAGCCGCGAUUCAAACAGGUUCAGCGGGAGAAAGAGGUGAUGAAGUUCACUCAAGGAAUGCAAGUCGAGGUGACAACUGACGAGGACGGUUUCAAAGGUGCUUGGUUUGCUGCAACAAUUAUUGAACCUUCGGGUGAAGACGAGUACCUUAUUGAGUACAAAACCGUGACGAAUGAUGAUGAUACUGAGUUUCUCAGAGAAGACAUUCGUGCUUGCAACAUAAGGCCUUGUCCGCCGGAGAUCAUUGUUGUGGAUGGAUUCAAGGUGAUGGAUGAAGUAGAUGCUUACUACAACGAGGGCUGGUGGGUUGGCGUGAUUGCAAAG